AUGGACAGGACGCCGAAAAAGACUGGAAACAGUGAUGAUCAGUCAAUGUUAUCGGUUUUAUAUCAACCGGUGAAAUGGGUCAAAAAUAAAAUCUGGCCUAAGGAUGAACAACAAUCAGAAGAAGAUGAUGAUAAUCAGUCGCAAGAUAAUCAACAAAUCGGAUAUCUUAAACCAUGUAGAGAUUCAAUACAUUGUCUUGAUCAAUAUUCUGAAGAAAAAUCUCUAAGUCAUAAUCAAAAUUAUUCACAUCCAUGUCGUUUUUCCGAAUUAUGUCAAAACAUCAAUACUAUACCCCACUGCAUACAAUAUACUCACAAUAAACAUGAUAUACCCAAGUGUCGUUACGAUGUAAAUUGUUCUCAAGUCACUGAUCCUGGUCAUCGUUGUUCGCAUCGACAUACUGGUUUAUCUGAUUAUUUAUUUCCUUGUCAGUAUCAACGAAAAUGUCAGAAUUUGUCUUUUGACCAUCGAAAGAAAUAUUUUCAUGGCGAACAAAUCAAUCAACCACCAGUGACUCAAAAUAUUCCAAAAGGCAUAACAACGCAAUAUACUCGUCCUCCAUCAUCUUCGAAAAAUACUUUCCAACCGCGAAUUCCUCAAACUAAGCCUUCUACUCGUCCUCAAAACCAAUCCCAACCACAUAAUUUUCAUUCAUUACAAUCCUAUCAUACUGCUCAACAAACAAGGUCUCAAAGUCAAUCAUGUACAACUACUUCCUCAUAUGCAUCGGAUAAACAUUCUUCUCAUGUAUGGUCACCUGAAGAAGAAGAAUCUGAUGACGAAGAUUUAGUAACUAGCUUCUAUAAUGAUGCUGCAGGUAAAAGUAAUAUUACCGAUGCCAGUGGAUACGAUCAAUAUGGUAAUCCAACAGGAAGAGUUUACGACUUGGGUCCAGAUGGUGCAUUUAGUGAAUUUAGUAUUUUAAUUGGACAGUUUUAUAGUUUUGACAUGCAGAAACCGAUUGAUGCAUUAAAAGUCAAAGGUUUUCAAAUAAAACAUGUGAAAACUGAGAAUGAAUUUAUUACAGAACUUGCUUCAAAUCAUUAUCAAGUCGCAUGGAUUAUUAGUACAAAUCAAAUUCAAAAUCCAGCAUUCAUUUUAGCUCUAACAACCUUUCAUUCAUCUGGUGGUGCUAUCUUUUUAUAUACUGAUAAUACACCGUAUGUGUGUCACGCAUCUGAAUUUCUCAAAACAAAAUUUGGAAUCACUGUCGAAGGUAAUUAUAUUGACGACAAAACCUUAACAUACAAAGAAAAUGGCCAUCAGCAAACCGGACAUUUUGGACAACAUGAGAUUUUUACUGGAAUAUCAAGCUUGUACGAAGGUUUUACAAUUUGUCAUCCAAUAUAUUCAACACCAGCAAAUCGUACGGUAUUCGUCACUAUAGCAACAGCUACUGAUGGUAAUAGCAGUAAUGCCGCGUAUGAUCCACCUUCAAGAUCGACAGAUGGGCGGUUAUGUUUGGAUUGUGGUUUUACUAAACUUUAUCACAACUGGGAUACGGCGGGAACAGCACGCUACGUUGUUAAUGCUAGUUGUUGGCUUUUAGGAAUUGAAAAACGUUUGAAAUCGAAGAAGAAAAACAAAAACAGGAAAUAA